AUGAAAUGCCCCCACGGAUUUGGAGAUGGUGGAGGCAUUGAUGGUUUAGGAGGCGGAGGAGAUUUCUCUGGACUAGGACGCGGAGGCGAUGGUCUAGGAGACGGAGGAGGCUUCUUUGGACUAGGACGUGGAGGUAAUGGUCUAGGGGACGGAGGUGUUGAUGGUUUAGGAGGCGGAGAUGAUGAUGGUCUAGGAGGCGGAGGAGAAUUUUUUGGACUUGGACGUGGAGGUGAUGAUGGUUUAAGAGGCGGAGGUGAUGAUGGUUUAGGAGGCGGAGGAGACUUAUUUGGACUAGGACGGGGAGGUGAUAGUCUAGGAGACGGAGGAUUUGAUGGUUUAGGAGGCGGAGGUGAUGAUGGUCUAGGAGGAGGAGGAGGGGACUUUUUUGGACUAGGACGUGGAGGUGAUGAUGGUUUAAGAGGUGGAGGUGAUGAUGGUCUAGGAGGCGGAGGAGACUUAUUUGGACUAGGAGGCGGAGGUGAUGAUGGUUUAGGAGGUGGAGGAGACUUCCUUGGACUAGGACGUGGUGGUGAUGGUAUAGGAAGCGGAGGAGACUUCCUUGGACUAGGACGCGGUGGUGAUGGUUUAGGAGGCGGAGGUGACUUCAUUGGAGCUGGACGCGGAGGUGAUGGUAUAGGAGGUGGGGGAGACAUUUUAGGAGUUGAUGGAGGGGGUGAUGGUUUAGGUGGUGGUGGAGACAUCUUUGGAGUCGGAGGAGGAGACCGUGGAGUUGGUGGCUUUCGGGACGGAGAUGGUGGAGGUGCAGGGUAG